GAAGAAACAGAAACUGACGAUGACGAUGAUGGGGAGGAUGCCAAGACGGAAGCCGACUCUCAGUAUUCAUUCCACGAUGCUUGGCCAAAUGAAGAACCGGAGAGGAAGCUGCAAGACGAUUUGCAACGUCGCCGAGAAGCUCGCGAUGAGCUGGUUGAGAACUUGCGACGAUAUGGCUUGUGGCUGCUUGGGGCAGUUGUCUUGCUCCCGCCGCAAUUGGUUGCAAUGGGUUUGGUGAUAACGGCAUUCGCAUACUUGUGCACAAGACGAGACGGCCGACAGCGUCAUCACAGCAGACGCAACACUGCAGGAUAG